AUGCUGCGGAAGAAGUUCGCUGCCUACUUGGGGAGUGAGGGUGAGGGCGUGCGCAUCGACUACCUCAUCUUCGGGUGCACGCACUUCCCUGCUUUGGAGCCCUUGGUGAAAGAGAUCCUGGGCCCAGUGCAGCUGGUGGUAGAGCUGGCAGCGCGCUUUGGGCUGAAGAAUGGUAAGGGCUCCACGAAGCUCGUGGUGAGUGGGCUUGAGGAGAGCGAGAAGCUCUCCUUGUUUCAGACAGCAGCACGGGAGAUGUUCCGGUCGUUCCUCCACUUGCCCUGGCGAGCCUGGCGCGUGGUGAACUUCUUCGAAAGACGCCGUUUUGCGUCGGGCGGGCCGGACGAAUUUGCGAGCAGUGCUGUGGGAGAGUCCUCACAUGAAGGAUAUCCAUGA